AAGGGCAGAGCUGAAAUUUCUGUCAGAAUCAGGGAUAGUUGAGGCGUAUGUUUUUUCACACUAUCUUUUUGCCAACUGGAGGCGCAAAAACACCCAAUUAAAACAUAAAUAAGCAUGCCGUUAUACUACGUAAAUCAUAUUGCGCAUGCUCCCAAUUUGAAGCUGUAUUUCAACAAGGCACAAUAAAACUAGUAUGAACGAGAACUGAAGACCUACAAGUUUAUUUUCGAGUGGACUCUGUUGCCUAAUCGACCUCAUUUUGCCUUACUUCUAACAGAAUCCGGACAAGGUCGCAAUCACCAACGCAACCGUUUUCAGUUUACCCGCAGGUUAAAUACCAGCAUCACCGUGAGCGCGCAGUUUAUCAGCUGACAUAGAGACAAGGAAGUGUAAAAGGUGGUGUGCGCUAACUGUCAUGUGAUUUUCGAAGGUAGGCGGUUCGUGUGUGGUAAAGAUCAUUUACACUGUGAAGGGCCAAGUUGUUGGAGUAUGUGAUACAGUUGCCAUGAGAAGUAACUUGAGCUCAAUAGCCCCAGAGACUUUGGAAACGGUGAUAACGUUAUGGACAACAAGACCUUGGAAGACAACAGCAAUCAGUGAAACUAAUAUUACAGUUCCCCACCAGUGCCUUCGUAUAUUGUAUGAAGAUAUAUGCAAUUCCAGGGUGCGAUACUGGGAUCUGGCCCUUUUGAUCCCUAAUGUGCUUUUCUUAGUGUUCUUGCUGUGGAAGCUGCCUUCUGCCAGAGCCAAGAUCCAUGCAAAUUCCAGCCCUAUUUUUGCAACCUUCUAUAUAUUGGUGUUUGUAGUGGCUGUUGUUGGAAUAAUUCGAGCUGUUGUCUCUAUGACAGUCAGUUCCUCCAGUGGCGUUGUCAUCAUUGAUAAGGUCUUGUGGGAAAUUACUCGCUUCUUCCUUUUGGCCAUUGAACUCAGUGUGAUCAUAUUGGGGCUUGCCUUUGGCCAUCUUGAAAGCAGGUCAAGUGUGAAACGUGUGUUAGCAAUUACAACAGUGUUGUCUCUCCUUUACUCAAUAAUCCAGGGAACUUUAGAAAUUCUUUAUCCCGACAAACACUUGUCAGCAGAUGAUUUCAAUAUUUAUGGUCACGGAGGAAGGCAUUUCUGGCUUGUCAGUUCUUUGAUCUUCUUCAUGAUUUAUUCAUUAAUUGUUAUCCUGCCUAAAACUCCACUGAGUGAGAGGAUCUUCCUGCCAUCCAGGAAGAGUUUUUAUGUGUAUGCUGGAAUUCUGUCCUUUCUGAACCUGUUACAAGGAAUAGGCAGUGCGCUCCUGUCUGCUGAUAUAAUAGAAGGACUGUGUUGUGUCGAUGCUACAACGUUGCUCUAUUUCAGUUUGUUUGCACCCCUGAUAUAUAUGACAUUCUUGAAGAGUUUCUUUGGCUCAGAACCUAAGAUCCUUUUCUCUUACAAGUCUCAAAUUGAUGAACCCGAAGAUAGUGAUGUCCAUCUUCCCCGGCCAUAUGCAGUGGCAAAGAAAGAAGGCUUUGAUCCAGGCAUUUACUCAAACACACAGAUUGACACAGCUGCAUAUCUUGAUGAUGUAUCUUCUAUGCCAGUAGGAAGCAUCAACAGCAUUGACAGUGAUCGCUGGAAAAUUAUGAAUGCCUGAUGUAUAUAAUCAGCAUAGAGAGCUCCAUUUCCCACCUCUCAUUCCUUAGCUCUUAAGAAUUUCAAUUAUGGAAUGUUCUCUCUUAUGUCUGGUAGGAUUUUAUAAAUCCACUGGAAACGCAGCUGCCAUAUGGAGGCAUCCUUGCUUCAAAGACUCGCCUUGUAGUUAUCAACAAUCAGCUCUGUUCUACUGAAGUUACUGGAUUUUUUUUGUGAUUGAGUAACAUUCCAAAGUUUUGGAUUCUGCUUAUUGUGAAACCAACGAAGAAACAGUUGAGCCUCUUUUUUUUUUUUUUUUUUAGGAAAACAAAAUGCAGUAUGAAGGCUCUUUUGUUUCUAUUCUUGAAAAUUCUGUCUUGUUUAAGAACAAGGAAGUAAACUUUUCUAGGAAUAUGUGACAUUUGCAGUGUAUUUUAAUCUGUGAAAGGCAUACCUAUAUUGAUUUGACACAUGCUUCUCUGAUAUGAAUUCCCCAUUCUGCUCAGCCUUAUGAAACAUUAACCAAGUUUGCUUAUCUGCAGUUGUGCAUGUCAUUAUUGACCGAUCAUUUUUGAGUCUAGGUAAUUCUGAUUGAGGCAUAUAGUAACUGUGGAACCAGACCAUGAAUACAUAUAGUGAUUCUUUGCAAAAAUAAAUAUUUCUUCUUGGAAUUAACAAUGUUAAAAAUUUGUCUGCAACAUUUUGAAGGUGCUGUAAGAAAUGUGAUGUGUGGUAGUUUUGUUUUUGUCACCCUUUGCCUCAGUAGUGAGGAAGGCAUAUAACUAUCAGUAUUUUCUGACUUGGAUAAUAUUUUUUUGUUUAUCACAGUUGGGGAUUUAGCUACACAUGGAUUAAUGGAUUGUGCAAGACAUCCACUGUCAAAAAAUUGAUUUCUAUUGGACUUUAAAGAGCAAUGAUAAAUACUAUUCAUUUGUUGAUGCUGGUGCUGCACCAGUCCAAGGAAAAAUUAACUUUUUCUUUAUAUGUCUCUAGACAGAUGCAAGAUUUGAUGGAUAUAUGAUCAAGUUGGCUGCAAAAUAGUUUUUACCCCUUGUCCACAAGACCUUACAAACUAGUGUUUUCUCCUUAUUUUCACAAUUUACCCAGUUCAUUUCCCCAGGCAUGGCUAGAAUUGGACUCCUGCUCUGGGCCAAGUGAGAGCCCUAUUAUACUCAUUCUUAACCUGGAACUGAACCCAAAUUGGCCCAUUCACUCCCUCAGGGUGAAGGUUGGGAGGUAGGGAAUGGUCCUUUGUGGGAAUCAUGUGCCUCUCCCCUCCCUGUUCCUAGUCUAAUCUCAUUCCCACAGUGGUUAGUGGCUGCACUCUGCAAGGGCCUUUGAAAUUCUGUGCCUAUGAAUGUGAGUUUCUUACUGUAAGUGAAGCACACAGCUACUGUGACUCUGCACAUUUCAUCCUGCUGCAGUACCCUUUCUUGGCAAAGGGUUCAACUGUUCAGUGUAUCCAGCCUCCUCCCUUUCCUCAUGACGAGUGAACCAGCAUCAUCCAUUCUGUUCCACCCUCUACAUCUGACCCUUCCAGUUUCCCAAGCCACUAACUGAACUCUGAUCAUGUGGGUUAGGGCUUCAUCAGUCUACACCACAAGGCUAGACUUUCUUACAUUAAGUUUUGACCUUCAGUUUGAGAAAGGUUAACUGUGAAAAUCAGUAGCAUAUUUCUGACUGCCACAAACAACCUAAGUGUUCAUUUUAAGAAGCAGCUGCACUGUUAAGUGUGUGGUAAGCCAGUCUGUUUUUAAUGCAGAGAUGUUAUGGAGCAUAUAUAAUCUAGCUAUGUGUUCCACACAUUUGUAUACUGAGAAAUGUUACUGUGAUUACACAGUCAUAUUUUUGUUUGAUUUGUUUCAGUUACUGACAUUUAUAGACAAUGUACUCAUGUGGGGAGGCUGUUUCUAUGUAAGUGACAUGAAAUGUUUGACUCCGUUUUACUGCUGUAUUUCUUAAUUUUGUACAGUUGACUACACUGAGAAUUUUGACGAUAGGCAAGUGUCUAAAAAAAUGAACUGCUCUAAAAUAGUUUGUGUAUUUUGAAGUGUCACAUAAUGUUUAUGAAGUGUUGCAUACUAUUUCUUCACCACAUAUAAAGUUGUUUCCAAGGUUUCUAACACUUUAUUUCCGCCCACUUCCCCCUUGAAAUUCAUUCGUCAUAGAGGGGAGAGUUGGGGAUACAGCUUAAUUUAUUUGGGGAUAGCUUUUUUUCUUAUGUUUUCCCUCCCUGUAAAGGUCAACUACAGAUCUAGGGUUCCUGGUAAUAAUCUGUGGAAUUUCAGAUGCCAGACAUUUGAUUCAUUCUCCUGCAUGGUUUUGCACAUCUUAAAAACCUGUAUUCUGUCAGGAGAUAAAGUCCAUGUGGCCCAGUAUUCUAGCUGUUUAAGGAUAAACUAUAGUUCUUCACUUUUCUAAUGGCCGUAUGCUUCUUGAAUUCAUUCUCUGACUCUUCUACCUCUUUGAUGGUUUGUUCCAUUUGUUCACUCUUUUGGUAAAACAGCACUUCAUUCCAACUCUGUUGAGCUACACACCUUAUAUCGACAGACUAUUCUAUUCACUUAUUCCCAUCGCUGUCUUUUUUUCUGACAGACUGGACCUGUUGCACUACUGAAUGUACUUUUGUGGUAUUAAAUGUUUAUUCCCACCCCCUCCAAAAGAUUGGACCUGUUUUGGUACUGUAUACAUCUCUUGUCCUCAGGACUUCUACAUGUUUAUUAAGCUGUUUUUAUUCUUUUCUUUUAGUGGUGUCAGUUGCACAUUAUGCACCAUUUUGCCAUCAUCUGAACUUUUUGAAUCUUGUCUGUAUCUUUUUCUAUUGAAGUCUUCAGAACAUAGCUCUCAACCUCUUAGCACAAAAAAGUGGACUAAGCCAAAAAUAAUGGGGAACAAAGCCCCCAAAAUAGA